CAGGACUGGAGUAAGACAAUGUGGCCGUCAAGAGGGAGCCGCUGUUAAGAAACAGAGAGCUUGAGACUAAUAAGAGCAGAAGGGAAGAUCUGGCAUCCUGCCCUGCACAGCAAAGGGUGGGGAAGUGCAGGAGUAUGAAGAAGGAACAGGUGUUAAACUGUCAGUUCUCCCUCUGGUACCCUCAUUUCAAGAGCCAGACCAUCCGCAGUAUCAUUCUUCCGCUGCCACAGAAUGUAAAAGACUACUUGCUGGAUGAUGGGACACUGGUAGUGUCAGGCAGGGAAGAUCCCCCAACAUCUUCUCAAGAAAAUGACGAUGGAGAUGGUGAUGAGACAGAGGAAAUACAGUGGUCUGACGAUGAGAAUACUACAACACUUACGGCACCAGAAUUCCCUGAAUUUGCACUUAAAGUGGAAGAAGCCAUCGGUUCCCUGGGGGGCAGCGUUUUUCCUAAACUCAACUGGAGUGCUCCAAGGGAUGCCUACUGGAUAGCAAUGAAUAGUUCACUGAAAUGCAAAUGCAUCAGCGACAUCUUCCUACUUUUCAAGAGCUCAGACUUCAUUACCCGAGAUUUCACUCAACCAUUUAUCCAUUGUAACGAUGAUUCCCCUGACCCCAGUUUGGAAUAUGAGCUUGUACUCCGAAAAUGGUGCGAAUUGAUUCCUGGAGCAGAAUUCAGAUGCUUUGUGAAGGAAAACAAACUUAUAGGUAUAUCCCAGCGAGACUACACUCAAUACUAUGAACACAUCUCUAAGCAAAAAGAAGAGAUUUGUAGGUGUAUACAGGAGUUUUUCAAGAAACACAUACAGUAUAAAUUCUUUAAUGAAGACUUUGUGUUCGAUGUCUACAGGGACAGCAUGGGUCGAGUGUGGUUAAUUGAUUUUAAUCCAUUUGGGGAAGUAACGGAUUCUCUGCUGUUUACAUGGGAGGAGCUGAGGUCUGGAAACAGUUUGAAAGAAGACCAAAGUGAAGCUGCAGCCAUGGAACAAGACUGUCCCUCAUUCCGUUGUACAAACAGCGACCUGACUGUCCAGCCUAGCCCCUAUCUCAGCUACAGGCUACCCAAAGAUUUCGUAGACCUUUCCACUGGAGAAGACGUUCACAAAUUAAUAGACUUGCUGAAACUGAAAAGAAGUCAGCAAGAUGAUGAAGAGUCAUGAAGGGCAGGAUAAAAUUGAAACAAGAACUGAGGCUGCACCUUCGCGGGGAAAGAUAACGUUUUCACAGCAUCGGCUUUGAGACAAUGUGCUUCUUAUAUUAUCCUCCCAGAACUGAGCUGAUUCCAACCUUGCGUGGGCAUUUAAUUGAAUAAAUCUGUUUUCAGCUGA